AUUAUUAUUAUUAUUUUUCUUUAUAUGAAAAUUGCAUAGAGGUAACUCAGUCACUCACAAGUUAGUAGUGGUGGAGAAGUGGGAAGCCAUGGAUUUGAACCCCACAAAGCUGGAUUACUAUGAAGACAUGUGGAAGCUCCAUUCCAAAGCCACAGUUGUCUCCUACUCCAAAGGCAAUGAUGGGAAAGAGGUGUUGAUAUUGGAGAAUACAAUAUUCCAUCCCCAAGGUGGAGGUCAGCCUGCGGACACAGGGGUUAUCACCACCACAGACACCGUGGAUGAUUCUGACUUCAAGUUUGUCGUUCAAGAUGUACGGUCCAAGGAUGGUGUUGUUCAUCAUUAUGGUUUCGUUGAAAAUUCUGGUGGACAGUCGGAAUCCAAGUUUGAGGUUGGGAAGGAAGUUUUCUUGUAUGUUGAUGAAUCCAGGCGCAAGCUAAAUGCCAGGCUACACUCCGCGGGGCAUUUAUUGGAUGCAUGUAUGCACAAUGUUGGACUCGGUGAUUUAGAGCCAACUAAAGGCUAUCAUUACCCGGAUGGACCAUUUGUUGAGUAUAAAGGUAAAGCUGAUCCAAAGCAAAUAGAAAGUAAGCUGAAGGAAUUGGAAAUAGAAGCUAAUACCUUAAUAUCAAAAGGAGGGAAAGUUUUUGCUGCUGUUUUACCUUAUGGAGAAGCUUCUGAAAUUUGCGGUGGUUCUCUUCCUGAUUACAUUCCAAAGGAUAGCACUCCUCGAAUUGUCAAGUUAGGAGAAACUCCUGCCUACCCUUGUGGUGGUACCCAUGUUUAUGAUAUUUCGGACAUCACAAGUAUUACCGUUUCUCAUAUUCGGACGAAGAAAGGACUCACAAAAAUCUUCUACAAUGUUGGAGCCUAAUCUAGUCAUGUUGUUUUUAUCAAGUUGAUAUAUUUGGUACAAUAAAGCUACAAUAUUUAAGAUCUUCAUGUAUAUUUUGAUCCUGCUACUAGAUCAGUUGGCUUUGAUGUCAAAACCAGUUAUAUGGACCAUGGAGUUUGUUCACUGGAUUAUGUGUUAUGGAGAAACUGAACAACAUAUGCUUUCGACGAUGCCUAUAAUAAAUUAUUUAGACAUA